CCUUAUCUCCAAUAAAAAUGGAACAGCCCCGUUUCCUUCACAGUUCACCAUUGCAUUGCGGAACACACAAUUAGCCACUGAGAGCAUUGGCAGAUAGGGACAAUGGAGACCCUUCUCAGGGUUGAGUCCUUCUCCUUCCCAAGAACCCUUCCAAUCCCUAAUCGUUCACUUCCCAAUCGAAUCCCAACUGUCUCUGCCCUCAGAACAACCCCACCUCCUGUGAGUGAAGUUGCAGAGGAGGACGUUCUGCAGACAUUUUUCAAGGAAAGGCAAUUGAAUGGAGACUUGGUGUCAAAAGUUUCUGAUGUGUUUUGGAAGCGGGAGUUUGCCAAUUCUGUUGAUGCUGAUGCUGAUGAUGGUGCCGAAUUUGGUGAUACUCCUCAGCUAGCAGAACAGGUCACUGAAAAUGAUGCUGGUGGAUUUUUGAAGUUGUCAACAACCAACGAGUGGGUUCUAGGUGACAUAUCUGCACCAGUAAAUAGAAAAGCCAGAGCUAAGGCCUUGCAGAAUGACAGUGACAGAAGGAGGAAACUCAACCUUCUUCAGUAUGAAGCUUUACAGAGGGAAUUAAUGCUGUUAUCCAUUGGUAUUGGAACUGCAUGUACUGGGUAUUGCUUAAUAGCAUUGUCAUCCCAGGCCGCUAUCAGUUAUGCCACGGGAGUUCUUUUCAGUUGCUUGUACCUUAAACUCUUGUACCAGCAAGCAGACAAUAUAUCCAGAGACGCAGUCCCUCAAAUUUUUAGGCAGAGGAAGACUAAGAAAAUUGGAAUAAGAAGCGAGGAUUUGGAGGAUUUUCUAGAGAAAACGAUAAAGGGGUGUGGUAUUGCGCUUUCAUCUCCAAGGCUUGUAAUACCAGCGGCAAUAUAUGGAUUGUGGAUUCUGUCUCAUCAAAAGUUUGCCGGUGAUCUGUUUGAUUUCCAGCUUGUGCCAGCUAUGCUUGGGUUGUUUGUGUAUAAAGCCGCUGCGCUAUAUCAAGUUUAUAGAGAUAACGAAGACUUGCAAUUUAUCUUUCCGGAUAAUGAAGAAGGCUCAAAGUGACCGAAACAUUUGCUUUUUGCAUUGUGAUAAUUUCACAAGCAGAGUCUGAUGCCUCCCGCUCCCUGAAAUUUUGCCCCGCAUGUUCUCCUUCUCGUCAGUACCUGUAUUAUAUCCUUUAUGUAUAGCCAAACACGAAAAGCAUCUUCCAGAUAAUCUGAAGAGUGAAAUGAAGUAACGUGGUCUGAGGUGAUACACGGUUGAUUUCUUCGUUCAGGUUAGUUUCUGUUAGCUGUACCUGUAGUUACUUUGAUCAUGUUUCUCCAGCAAGAUCUGUCCAAAUGUUAGCAAUUUAUUACUCAUCAGUUUAUCCUCGAGGCAUGUUUCGUAAAACCUACAGUUUAGAACAAAUUGUGUGCUGUAAAACAUGCUUCGGCCAUUCUAAUUGAAGUUGACAUUUUUGUUUCGAA